GUGUUUACAGGAGAGUGAAUGACAAACGGAGACGCGGUGAGAAACUUUCACGCUUUAUUUUUCUUUUUCAAGUUUAUCAAACGUCAUAUUUCCCGCACAGCUGUCAGCACGAAGAAUGAAUAUUCGAACGUCAGUGGAUUUGUGUGAAGAUUUGACGGGUGUCUGAUGGAUGAGAAUGAAGUUUAGACUGACAGCUGUCAGAUAACAGCGGCUGCUCAAACAUGCCCGUCACACCGCUCUUAAACUUCCCCACAGACUCCCACUUUAACCCUAAGCCCGCCAUGACCCCUCUCGCCCGCUCGCACACCCUGCGGCCCCCGCUGGACUUCACUUUGGGCGCUCUGGCGUGCUGCGGCGCGUGCGUGUUCACCAAUCCUCUGGAGGUGGUGAAGACCCGACUGCAGCUGCAGGGCGAGCUUCAGGCCCGAGGCUCGUACCAGCGGCACUAUCGCGGGGUGCUGCAGGCGCUGUGGGUGGUGGGCCGUACGGACGGGAUCCGGGGUCUGCAGAAGGGCCUGACGGCGGCGCUGUUGUACCAGGGGCUCAUGAAUGGGGUUCGACUCGGGUUUUACUCCUACACGGAGGCGUCGGGACUAACGGGCGUACCGGGCGGCAGUCUGAUCGCGGCGGCGACGGCGGGCGCUCUGGGGGCGUUCAUCGCCUCCCCCGCUUAUCUGGUGAAGACUCAUCUGCAGGCUCAGACAGUGAAGGCUAUCUCUGUGGGACACCAACACAACCAUCAGGGCGUGUCCAGUGCUUUAGUGUCCAUCUAUCAGCGUGAGGGUGUGAUGGGUCUGUGGAGGGGCGUCAACGGGGCGGUGCCCAGAGUCAUGGUGGGAUCAGCUGCUCAACUGGCUACAUUCAGCUCAGCUAAAGACUGGGUGACAUGCGCACAGUGGUUCAGUGCACACAGUUGGCUCAUCGCUCUCACCGCCGCUAUGAUCAGUGGGGUUGUCGUGGCGAUCACAAUGACACCCUUUGAUGUCAUCAGCACUCGACUCUACAACCAACCAGUGGACGACUUCAAAAAGGGUCGUCUGUACGGUGGGUUUGUGGACUGUGUGAUGAAGGUGACGGCCUCUGAGGGGAUUGUGGCUCUGUAUAAAGGAAUGACGCCUGUGUUUGUGCGUCUGGCUCCUCACACGGUUCUCAGUAUGCUGCUGUGGGACGUCAUGAGACAACGAGCGCUGCGCUACACAAACUAACACGCACUGUGUGUGAAUCACGCUGAACAUGUGCAGAAAUCUCUACGAACUGGACUUUUGAUUUCAUUGUCAUGAAUUCGUGCUGAACUUGACCUGACUGCUGUUGAAGAGGAUUGUGGGAAAUGUUAGUGCCACUUUUUUAAACCUCGAUCACUUGUGUGUCUUAUCUUUGUGUUCUAUAGUCAACACUGUGAAUCAAUUAUGUGUUUUUAACAUGCAGAUUAAAAGUGUACGAUUUACUGACAGACUAAAGUGUGUGUGUAUGUUUUAUUCUGAGGUCAUAACAGACAGAAC